AUGGAUAGAUUGCUCCAAACUGAAUUAAAUACUAACUACUUAUCAGAAUCAGUGGAUCUUUUACUAAAGGAAAUGAAUUACGAUAUGGAGAAUUUAAAUGAUGAUAAUGAAACUCUUAAAAAUAAUAAAGAUAAUCAAAAUAUAUCGUUAUCAAUCAAUAAUUCACCGACAAAACCAUUAAAUUUUCCAAACAACCAAGUUAAAUCUACUGAUCCAAAUUCAAGUUCAGAUACAUAUACCAGCGAAGAUCCACAAAUGAAAACUAUGGAAAGUUUAAAAACUUCAAUGGAUAGAAAUUUUGAUAUUGAUACAUCAAUGGAACUUGGUAAAACAAUUUCAAUACCUCAAUCAUAUGUUGAUAAUAAUGGUGGUGAUUCACCUGUUGAUGAAUUUUCUUUCAAAACACCAAUGACUUCAGUAAUUGAUUUGACAAAUAAACAUCAACAACCUCAACAAAAUCAAGAAUAUGAGCAACAAGAACAACGGAACUACACGAACUUAUCUCCCAACAAAUCAAUAUUACGUAAAACACCUAAAGCUUCACCAAAAAAAGUUGCAUUCACAUCUACAAAUCCUGAAAUUCAUCAUUAUCCUGAUGAAAAUUUUAAUCGAGAAGAAUCUCAAGAAUCAGAAACAAUUCCUGCAUUAUCUUUACAAAUACCAUUACAACAUCAUUGGACACAACCUCAUUUAGAUCAAUCUGAAGAUGAAAGUGUUGCAUCAUCACCAGCUCCACCACCACCUCCUCAUACAACUAAACCUACAUUUGCUGAACUUUUAAAUCAAAAUAAAUUAAAUAAUAAUCAAGAUGAUGAUUUAGAUACUGAAACUUUAACUGAUUUAAAAUUAAAACAUGAUAAUUUUAGUAAUUUGUCAUUAGAUGAAAAAAUGAAUAAAUAUUUAACCAAUAAGACACAGUCACCAUUAUCAUCAAAUCAAAAUGAAGAUAUUGAAUUGGAUACUCAUUUAAUUCAAUUAGAACAAGCAUCAAAGAAUAAAACAAUUGAUAAUAUACAUGAAUUAUCAUUAUCAUUACAAACUUCAAAUUUUAAUAUAGAAAAUCCAUUAGAUUCAUUGCAAAAAUCACCAGAUCAACAAUUAAGAUCCUCAGGAUCUUCUCAAUCUUCAUUACAAUCUUUAAGAGAUACUAAUCGUGGUUUACAUUCAAUACCUGGUUCACCAACUAAAGCUAAUAGAGGUUUAGAAUUAAAAGAUGGUAUAAAAGGAUUACCUAAUUCAGUUGUCGAAGCUUUAUUACCUCAAGAUGAACCUACUGAAAAUAUAAGUUCGAGGCCAUUGUCAAGUAGUAAGGAAAAUGUUAAUGAAAGAUUUGGCUCAGAGGAUCAUAUGGAUUCUUAUGAUAGAUCAUUUAAUUAUACAGAACAAUCUAUUUUAAACCUUUUGAAUAGUGCUUCUAGUUCCAAAGUUGCAGUUAAUAAAUCAACUGAACAAGUUCAAGUUAAAAAGGAAUAUGAAGAGGAAGCAAAUGAAAAAGAACCAAUACCCGAAGUGAAAGUUUUGGUAAAAACUGAAAAUGAUUCAUCUUUACAACCAAAUUUAGCUACAAAAUCAUCAAAUUUCCAACCACAACAAGAUAAGCCUGAAUUUGCAAGUCAAGUAUUUAAAUCAGAAGAGAAUAUUCAUGUGUCAGCUUUCACUGGUUUAACUCCAGAUGAAGAAAUAAAACGAUUGAAAGCAGAAGUUCAACCUGAAGAUAAUCAAGUAGAAUCCGAAGAUGAUAGUAGACAACAAAAUGAAGAAUCAAGAAUGUCAAUUAGAUUUCAAAUGGAUAGUGAUUGGAAGUUAGAAGAUAGCCAUGAUGGAGACAAGGAAGACAAUGAUGAAGUAAGUAGAAUUCUCGAUAAACCGGAGAUAACCAAAGAUUCAAUUAAUUCUUCACAAAAUGAUCAAUAUGAAGACGCGUCAAAUGAAGUCAGUCAGCAAUUAAAUGAUCAACCAACUCAAACUUUAGCUCCUCCAAAAUCUCAAGACGAAGUACACUUAUCAACUAAUCAACCAAAAGAAGACUCCGAAGCUCUAGCUAAUUCAUCAAACAUUGCUGAACCAAAUGAAGAUAUCACACUUCCUCCCGUUGAAACUAAUAACUAUUCUUCCUUCGAUGAAGUGACUAAAAAUCUAGAUACUGUAUCAAGUUUUGAACAAUCAUUAUCUGCUGAAAAUGAUAUUGAUAAAAAUAAAAUGGAUAAUUUCAUUUCUAUAUGGCAUAGUCAAGAAAAGCAAAAAAGAAAACAAAUUCAUAAAGUUCCAACAAAACAAAUAAUAGCAGCAUAUCAAGAAGAAGUUAAUCAACGUUCAAAUUCCGUAUCUACAAUUCAAACAAAAUUACCACAAUCAAUCAAAAAUCACAAAAAAUUUAAAGAAGUUCAUGUUAUGUCAAGAAGAGUUGUUAGUCCUGAUUUUGAUCAUUUACAAAUUUCUGGAUUUUUACCUGAAUUAUCAAGAGAUUCUGGUUUUAAUGAUUUACAAUUUUCAAACUAUGCAAAUUCUCAAAGACAUUUAAGUUCUAAUUCUUUAAAUACUAAGAAUGUUUUAUCUAAUAUUGAAAAUUAUCCAAAUGUUAUUGAACCACCACAACCAAAAUCAUAUAGUGAGAUUCGACAAAAUAAAACAAUACCUUCAUCACAACAAUUGGAAAGACAAGGAAUUGAUCAAUAUCCUAGAAAUCCAAAUAAUAAAAGAUCAAGAUUCAGAGUACCUACAUUCGAAAUUAAACGUUCAUCUUCAAUAUUAUCACCAAGAAAUAUGUAUGAUGAUAUUUUUGAUGAUGUAAUUAAUAAAAAACCUCCAACUAUAAGAGCAGAAGGAAUGAAAACAUUACCAAGUAUGGAUAAAGAUGAUGUUAAACGUAUAUUAUCAACAAGAAAAGGAAUGACUCAUGAUGAGUAUAUUAAUGCAAAAUUUAUUGAACAAAAACCUAAAAAAAAUUCAAUUGUUACUGAAGCUGUAGAUUUAUAUGAUAAAAUUCAACAAACUGCAUCAAUUCAUGAUACAAAUUUAGAUUCUCCAAAAUCACGUCAAGUUUCAAAUACAAUUGGUGCUGAUGUAUUACCAUAUUUAGCUGAUGAAUUAAGAAAAUCUCCAAGAACUUUAUUAUCUAAAGAUCAAGUAUUUGAAAAUGAAAAAGUAUCAUCAAUACCUCAGUCACCAAUAAUAAAUUCAAAUAUAAACAAUACAUUACCUGAACCUGAUUUUGCUUUAGAUUUUUCACCUGAAAAUUUUCAACAAGAACAAUCACCUGAAAUUGAUGAAUUGGAAAUACAAUCAAAUAAUAAAGAUCCAAUAUUUAUAGAUGAGAAAGUUUCACCAAAAUCUGAACCUAAAUUCCAAUCUGUAUUACCCAGUACUCCAAUAAAAGAACAUGAUUUAACAACAAGAAAUACGAACUCAUCACCAACUAAAAGAAGUCCUAUUAAAAUUGGUUCUCCUGUAAGAUUAAUUAAAAAAGAUGGUUCAAUUACAGGUAUUGAAUCACCUGGUAGAAAUAAUAAUAAAGAUAUUUAUCAUCAUAAACCUAAACCAUCAUUUAAUGGUAAUGAAAUUAAUAAUACUAAAUUGAGAGAUAUAGCAUUGGAAAAUAAUUCAAAUUUGGAAGAUCCAAAUCAACAUAUUCCAAGUACAGUUUCAGUUCCAUCUGAAUUUUCUGAAUCCAGGCAAGAUCUGAAUCAUCACCACAAGCAACAUCAACAUCACAAAUCAGAACCUAAAGUUAUUGAUGAUAAAGUUCCAAAUGUUCAAUUACAAGAAAAUGGUAAAUUAUUUUUUAGAGUUGUGGGAUUGAAAAACAUAAAUUUACCAGAUAUGAAAUCUCAAAAGGGAAAAUUUUCUAUUACAUUAGAUAAUGGAGUACAUUGUGUUAAAACACCACAAUAUGAAUUAAAUUCAAAUGCUAUACCUAUAGGUAAAGAAUUUGAAUUAACAGUUUCAAAUUCAUUACAAUUUAUUUUAACAAUGAAAUGUCAAUAUCCCAAACCUAAAGGAACUUUAGUUGAAGUAAGAGAAAGAAAAGUAGUCAAAUCAAAAAAUAAAUUUGCAAGAUUAUUUGGUUCAAAAGAUAUUAUAACAACAACAAGAUAUGUACCAAGUGAAGUAAAAGAUAUUUGGGCUAAUAAAUUUGCCAUAGAUGGUUCAUUUGCAAGAUGUUAUGUUGAUUUUGCUCAAUUUGAACAACAAAUAACUGGUAAAGUUGCAAGAUUUGAUCUAAAUUGUUUUAAUGAAUGGGAAACAAAUAAUUCAAAACAAAGAUUAAAACCAUAUAAAAUUGCAGAAUUAGAAGUUGAAAUGUUAUAUAUUCCUAAAUCAGAACCAAAUGAAAUAUUACCAACAAGUAUAAAAAGUGCAUAUUCAUCAUUACAAGAAUUAAAUAAUGAGUUAUCAGUAUAUAAUGAAGGUUAUUUACAUCAAGAAGGUGGGGAUUGUGAGAUUUGGAAAAAAAGAUGGUUUAAAUUAUAUGCAACAUCAUUAAUUGCUCAUAGUGAAUUUAAUCAUAAAACAAGAGCCAAAAUAAAUUUAAAUAAAAUUAUUGAUGUUCAAUAUAUAGAUAAAGAAAAUUUAAAUCAUUUACAUCAAUCAAAGAAAACUUCUGGUGGUAAUGGUGGUGGUAGAAAUUUUAGUGAUAUUUUAUUAGUUGAACAUUCAUUUAAAAUAAAAUUUGGAAAUGGAGAAAUUAUAAUAUUUGGAGCACCAAAUUAUAAAGAAAUGAAAAAAUGGAUUGAAAUUUUAGAAAAUAUUAUAAUUAGAAAUAAAAUUAGAAGACAACCUUGGAUUAAAUUAAUGAUGAAAGAACAAUUGAUAAAUCAACAAAUUAAUCAAUAA